UCCGAACCGCAGUCACUCCAACCAACGGGCGAGGCGUAGCGGCACGGCGGGGUCUCCAAACUUCCCGCGGUGCAGUGAUUCUCUCAACUCCGGGAUGGAUUUACAAACCCUGAACGAGACCUCUGUGUUCUUGGAGUGUGUGGGAGCGCAAGGCGCUGCGUCAAACGGAACGGCGAACGCCAGCCUGGAACUCACAAACAUCACCACCUGUGGAAACGCGUACGUGGUCCUCAAACCGCAACAUGUCAAACAGAAAGAGGUGGACUCGCUGCGUAUCCUACUCUACUCGGUCAUCUUCCUCCUCAGUGUGUUGGGAAACCUGCUCAUCAUUGUGGUCUUGACGGUCAACAAGCGCAUGAGGACGGUAACCAACUCCUUCCUGCUGUCCCUGGCGGUCAGCGACCUGAUGAUGGCCAUCUUCUGCAUGCCCUUCACCCUCAUCCCCAACCUCCUGGAGGACUUCAUCUUCGGACCCGCCAUGUGCAAGAUAGUGGCCUACCUCAUGGGUGUAUCCGUGAGCAUCUCCACCUUCAGCCUGGUUGCCAUAGCAAUUGAGCGCUACAGCGCCAUCUGCAACCCGCUAAAGUCACGGGCGUGGCAGACCCGUUCCCAUGCCUACCGGGUGAUCACCGCCACCUGGCUGCUGUCCUUCAUGAUCAUGAGUCCCUACCCGGUGUUCAGCCACUUGGUCCAUGUCCCCCUGAAGGACAACAUCACCAUCGCACGCAUGUGUCGCCAUAUCUGGCCCCACAGGGAGGUGGAGCAGACCUGGAACAUGAUGUUGCUGCUUACGCUCUUUGUUGUUCCGGGGGUGGUGAUGAUCGUGGCUUAUGGACUUAUCUCCAGAGAGCUGUACCGGGGAAUCCAGUUUGAGCUGGGUCAGAAGUCAUCAUCCCCCGGUCUAAAGAAUGGCCUGACCGCCACUGUGUCUUGCGGCAGGGACGACGGCGAUGGUUGCUACGUCCAGGUCUCCAAGCGUCCACACUCCAUGGAGAUGUCCGCUCUGACAUCAUCUAUGGGGAGCUCUUCCAAAGUGGAGCGUGCCCGCAGCAACACCUCAGAGGCCAAGCUCCUGGCCAAGAAGCGUGUGAUCCGGAUGCUGGUGGUGAUCGUGGCUCUGUUCUUCCUGUGCUGGAUGCCCCUCUACUGCGCCAACACCUGGAAGGCUUUCCACCCAGCCUCUGCACACCGUGCCCUCUCUGGUGCCCCCAUCUCCUUCAUCCACCUUCUGUCCUACACCUCGGCCUGUGUUAACCCUAUUAUCUACUGCUUCAUGAACACUCGCUUCCGCAAGGCGCUGCUCGCCACCUUCGCCUGCUGCUGCCGCCCGCCCUGCCGACACCAAGGGCUGCGGGAUGGAGAGGAGGACGCCAUGGCUAUGGGGGUGUCCAUGUCCAGGUUUAGUUACACCACGGUCAGCACCAUGGGGCGUGCUGAAGGAGGGACCACUGACUGACUGAGGGACAGGGGGGACAUGGGGGGGAGACCAGAGAGAUAUGUUGUUAUGUGAUUGGUUUAGUCAUUUCUAUGGGGGAAAUAUUUAACCUGCAGUCAGUAAAUAUGGGGGAGAUUAGGUUUGGGCGGUAUCCAGAUUUUCAUACCUUCAUAUCGUUCCUGUACCAUACCGGGGUAUACGUUAUUACCGGCA